ACGAAGACGGGGAACAGACGCCAUUUCCGGCCGUGACGUCCCAGGAAGUGAACGUGGGCGCCCGCCUUGCGGCUUCUUGUUUGGGCAAACGGCGAACGUGCGCCGCGACAUUUAGCUCGCCAUGUCCGCGAAGUACGCGACGCCACUGUACGCUCACGCGGCACGGGGACACUUCCGCGAUGUCUACGAGCCGUCGGAGGAUUCCUUCCUGCUCAUGGACGCGCUGGAAAAGGAUGUUGACGAGCUCCGGAAGAUGCGGCCGCGCGUGUGCGUGGAGGUCGGCAGCGGCUCCGGCGCGGUUUCCGCGUUCCUGGCGUCCCUGCUCGGACCCUCGGCGAUCUAUUUAUGCACGGACGUGAAUCGGGCAGCGGCGCUGUGCACGGCCAAGACGGCAUCACGCAACGGCGUGUCGCUCGAGCCCGUCGUCACCGACCUGGUGGAAUGUCUCCUGCCGCGGUUGAGCGGACAAGUGGACGUGCUCCUGUUCAACCCUCCAUAUGUGGUCACGCCAUCCAGUGAGGUGGGAAGCACGGGAAUUGAAGCCGCUUGGGCCGGCGGCAGGCGGGGCCGCGAGGUCACCGACAGAUUUUUACCGGUCGUAUCCGAGUUGCUGUCCAGUCGAGGGCUGUUCUACUUGGUCGCGAUAGCAGAGAACGAUCCGGAGGAGAUGAUCCAGUCACUGAGUGGAUACGGGCUGGAGGGAAAGCCACGCUUGCUGACCAGAGCCGGAAACGAGAGGCUGAGCGUCCUGCGCUUCCACCGGCGCCAACGUCACAGCCCCAGUACUGAGGCGCAUGGAAACCGCUUCAAAGCGCGAAGCAAAAAAGAAAUGCACGCGUCUUUCGCCGCACAGCCCCGCUCUCCAUUUCCCAUUCACCCGAGUUGCUGAUUUUGCCGCAGUCCAGCGUCCCGGCGUUGCCCGGCGCCACCAGGACUUGCCGGACGUGCGGCGACUGGGCCAGCUUCCACGCCAGGGCGUGCUCCCGCCCUCCUCCGCCAACCACCAGCACCCGUUCAGCCAUGGCACCUGCCAGAUGGGAAAAUGACCUUUCACAA